CACAGCAGAUUUCUGCCCCCCAAUGCUGAGCCUGGCCGGCCCCCAGCAGCCAGGCCUAGUGGGGCCCGGGGCUCCUCCUGCCCCAUGUGUCUGCCCGUCUCUCCCACAGGUAGACCCCUACCUGCCCUACGAGUACACCUGUGAGGGGAUGCUGGAGCGAAUCCACGCCUACAUCCAGCACCAAGACUUCUGUGCCAGCCCACCGGUCCCUGCCCCAGGAGGGGGCCCGAGCCCCACAGAGCCCCUUCUUCCUGUGCCCCCAAGUGCCACCCACCUGGAGUGGGCCCAGAAUGCCAGCGUGGCCCCCGGGGCCUGGCCCCCAGCACACUCCCUUCGGGCCUGGCUGGCCACCCCGCGGAGGGCCUGCAAAACCGACGCCUGCCUGGACCAUGGGCUGAUUGCGAGCCCGUCCUUCUUCCCCUUCCUCAACAGCCAGGACGCCUUCCAGAACCCGGGCCGCGAGUGCUUCCUGCAGAAGGAGCCCCUGCUCUUCAGCUGCGCGGGCUCCAGCACCAAGUACCAACGGCUCUGUCCCUGCCGAGACUUCCGCAAGGGCCAAGAAGCGGGCAAGAGCAGAUACUCGCACAGGGCACGGGCCCAGGGCUACGGGCCUUCGCCCACCCGGCCGGGCUCCUCGACCUCCUCCCGGGGCUCGUGGCAGCGUCGUGGCCAAGCGGCUGUGGGACCCGUCAGAGGGCCGCCCCGGCAGGAGCAGGUGCUCGGAGGCCCCUUGCUUCCGUGCCAGCCGAGUUCUGGACCAGACUGA